AGUGCUCGUGGCUUGACGCCAUUAUUCUUGUAGUAAUGCACAUUGAGUGAGCGGCGACAGCGGCAGCCGGCACAAGGACUUUUGAGUCUCCCCGGGACUGCGUCUCUGCCGAAGCUUGGGCUUCACAUGUCCGACUCAUCACGUCGUGUUCGAACACAACUGUAAGAUGAGUCGCGGAUCAAGUUUGAUUGUUCUCAUACUGACCGUGAUAUGGAUGAUCAGCUCUCCAUCUUGUGCCACAAUCGCUCGACACAAGGUUAAAAGGGACGCAAGCGAUGUCCGUUCCUCACCUGUGGGUUUGCCAACUAAAGCAACACCGUUUCCCGGACGAUCACUUAAUGGCACACCGUCCGGAAACAUCACUUCUGCCUUUCAAAGCAACCAACAUCGGAGAUGGCGUCUGCCGUUCUUACGCACCAUGUUCCAGCGACUCACUGAACUGCACAGGAAGAAAACCCAGCAAAGACGCAAGAGAGAAACGGAUACAGGCCAUGGCGGAUCACGGACCUCGAAAAGCGACGUCAGAGAGAACUUCAGGCAAGACGAGGACACAGAUAGCCAAAGUGACCGCCAACAAAGAAACAAAAGGUUGUCACAUCGCUUGAAAAGGUACCUCGAGAUCGUGCGCGUCAAGAUCCCAUCUUUGGAUUUCGCAAUGAGAGAUAAAGCUAAGCGAAACUCUCGUGUUAGUGGCCACUUGGCUGAAUUCCUUGAAUCAGUUCCCCACGAGAACAGGGAGGUUCACACAGUCAUGGCACAAAGCAACCCCAACGUCUCAAGGGACAAGCAUGACGAAAACGGAGGACAAGCAAAUAAGCACAGUUCAACGAACGCAUCUGCAGAUAUGACGCCAUCACUGUUGUCGUCCUUGAACAACCUGUUGGCCAACCUUGACGUUAGUUUGGUAGACCUCCUUGAAGAAGCAUCUGCAGCUAACGAUACGAGUCGCACGCUGGUUAGAAGAGAAAGACCAUCCUUGGAAGGCCACGAAGAACGCCAGAACGCGGUCUCGCUUCCGCCAGAGAUGAGGGAACUUGUCGAACAACUUGACAGAAAGAGUAAACGAAAGUGGGCGUACGAAAGAACAAACGCUGUCGGCGAGAUGCAUCAUGUUGCCCACGCAGCGCCCGAUGAGAAAGGAGUUGUCAAAACAAAGGAGCAGGACAUCCAAGCACUGAAGAAAAUUCACCAUUAUAACGUCCCCGCCUACAAGCACGAGCUUCGAGAAGCAAAACAAAUGCUUCAAGAUCUCCAGGAAGAACUCGAAAAACGGAAGAAACAGUGGGCUAUCUAAUAUAUAUAAGUACAACGGCGAGAAAGUGUCCGCUUUUGACAGUGAUGCAAAGAACAUGGUACUCAACCAAGUAGAGGGUGUGUUACGAUGCCCAGUAAUGCGAACGACGAAAAAUGCCACCGAGAUUUGACAAAAUCCCGGAGAAAAGUAAACACACCACAAGGUUUGCAUGUUCUGUUCUAAUUUUCUGUUGUUUCCUUUCUUCUCUGAAGUCCUUCAGAAGUUGUACUGGUAUGCUAUAAAUCUUGGACCACCA